AUGGCUAGUUCUAUGAACAGCAAGAACCGCAUUCGUCGUCGACUGGCAGCGAUAUCGUUUCUGUCCAACAUCUCGCUGGACGGUACCCACCGGGACACGAAGCUCGGCCCGCUGCACGGAGGCGGAGGAGGCGCGUCACUCGGUAGAGCAACGGGAGGCCUCACCAGUGCGGCACUCGCACUGAACAACAAUGAUCCGGACGGCGUGGCCGGCACCGGUAGCGAUGAGACGGGCGAUGACGGUCUCGAUGGUUCCGGUUGGCAACCGGACGGAAGGACCGCGCCUUGCGAGGGUGCGGCCAGCUUGAGUGGGCCGGGUAACGCGCUGCUGGCCACGGACGGGCACCAGCGGGCGCGGGCCAGAACCGGAACAUUCAGCAAAAGCCCCGAGCGGCACGCCGGAAAGCGCAUCGACAGCGAGGGCAACAUGCUACCGAGUAACGGCUCCUCGGUCAAGGGCACUCCCCUGAAGGAUCGUGAAAAUUGGAAUCCAAACGACGGCCGGUUGAACCAUACGGCGGACAAACGCCUGCGUGCGAACUCCGCCACACAGCGGCCAACCGGUGCGAAGCGAUCGCUGUUGAUGAACACAAGCGCCGGAGCGAUCACCACCGGAAAUGGUGCUACCGGAACGGAGGAUCACCGUGGCAGUGCUGGUGUGGGUUGGCAAACGAACAGCAGCACCGAAAGUCUCAUUCAUGGCCGCACCAGCAAGAGUGUCGUCAUCAACGAGCACGGAGCAGGUGGGACUGGUGUUCGUUACUACAAUCACAUGGACAGCAGGAUGCAGCAUCCGACCGGGUUCCAGGAGGACCGGAUUGUGCUGGUCUCGAAGAAGGCACCAUGCCACAUUUUCUCCGUGCUGCCGUACUGCAAGGGCAAAGCGUCCCGAUCGGAACAACGCCGUGAACGCCGACGUCAUCCGUCCGGAGCACGGCCACUGUCGUCGAUAAAUGACGCACCGUUUGAUGCAUUCCGGCUGCUUGGGAUCGAGCGUGCCGGUGAGAUUGGCCAAGAGGUGUCGUAUGGCUACCUGUUGAUACCGUCACGCAGCUACCACCGGGAGAAGAAGCACGCCAGUGCCGAGAAAACCAUCAAGAGUGCGUUUGAGAUACCGAACUUUGCAUCACUUGAGAACCACGCGGCGGCGCGCUACUACGACACGCUGAACCGUAAUAGUGCGGCUAGUCCUUCGCAGGGAGCCGGGACCGUAAGUGGUACAGGUGGGCAGACUGGAGGUGGUGCUGGCAGUGGCCCUUCGUCAGGGUUGCUUGAUCUUUCGAAGGAAUUCGACGAUGGGUUUACGUCCAUCUCUGGGAUACAAUAUUCGGCCAACAUACUGGACGAUCCGGAGCUCAUCGCAGGCAAGCAUCGCACGCUGCUGACCUUCACGUCGUACGUGACCUCCGUCAUCGAUUACGUUCGCCCAUCCGAGCUGAAGAAGGAAUUAAACGAUCAGUUCCGGGAAAAGUUCCCACAGAUCCAGCUGACGCUCAGCAAGCUGAGAAGCAUUAAGCGGGAGAUGAAGCGUAUCAACAAGCUGGACAAUCGCAUCGAUUUUCUGACCAUAUCCCAGGCAUACGUGUACUUCGAAAAGCUGAUCCUGUCGAAGCUCGUCAACAAGGAGAAUCGGAAACUGUGCGCUGGUGCCUGUCUUCUGCUGAGUGCCAAGCUAAACGACAUCAAGGGCGAAGCGCUGAAGAGCUUGAUUGAGAAAACGGAAAGCGUCUUUCGUCUGAAUCGCAAGGAACUGAUCGCUUCGGAGUUUGCCGUGCUGGUUGCACUGGAGUUCAGUCUACACGUGUCAACCCAGGAAAUCCAUCCGCACUAUCAACGCUUGAUCUAUGAAUCCUAGGCCCAAUGCAGGCGCUAGCGAUAAUCUGGGAUAGCUAGCGAUUUCACAAUUUAAAGCUUAAAGCUACUUCUUCAUCAGUGUCAUAUGCUGCAAGAGGCAUUUAUCGGGGUUUUUUUAGGUGCUGGGUAUUAUGUAACUAAACUGCAACGAAAAUUGACGAUGAAAAUGAGCAGGGACGUAAUUUAUUUUUUUUUGUCCUGUAGCGUAGGGAUAGCAGAUGGAAUAUUUAUGAAGAAGAGAAAAUAUACAGCACCUCAUUCUGCAGUUUACAUAUAACUUAAUCAAGAUACACCUGCUACGAGCAUUACCAAAUCCUUCAGAAGGGAAUUCAUAUUUGGAUCGAAUCUUUUACUCCGUCAGAUCUAAUAGAGGAGCUAGGAGGUAUAAAUGGUAGAUGAGGCGACCGUGCUCAAAAAGAGGUCGUAUCGAUUCCAGUAUCGAUAGAAAGACAACCCUGGGAGAGUGAUGUACUUAAGGAUUGUUAACCGACGUACUGUAUCUCAUUCAAGAUGGUGAGUGAAUCGUUUAAUUUUGAUUAGUUUUCUAUUGUUUCGCGUUAAUGAUUCAUUUGUUUACUCGUCGUAUAAACUUUUAUGAAAAAUCGCAUGCUUAUCCGGCAAACGGUGACAUGCCAGAGCGAGAGAAAAAAAAGAACAAAAGAAGAAUCAGUUUAUGAAACUGAAAUUAUCGUUUAAACGCUCAAGUACUUUACGGAAUCGUAGUUUUUUUGUGUCGAUUUUAUUAUCCUUGAUUCGUUACAUAUUACGUUAAUUCGCGGUCUGUUGGGUGUCGUCUUAAAGCGCGUUUAUUUUUUUAUCUUAUUAACCUUUAUAAAACAGUUACUACCUACGGUAAAGUACAGUUUUGAACCAAUUUUUUUACAACCGCAUAAUAAACAUGGUAAAA